AGGUCGAUUUAUAAUUAAAAAUUCAUAAAUUUUAUUUAAUUAACUUAUUUUCGUCAUAAACUCAUGAAAAUACAUAAUUUUUUCCUUCAAGACUUGAGCUGAAAAUGUAUAAAUAUAUAUGAAAUAUCAUAUUCCACCUUUUUCUUUGAAAAGAUAUUACAGUGACAAAUAUUAACACCCCACACCCCACCUCCACUCAAAAAAUAAAAAUAAAAAUAAAAAUAAUGAUAGAAUAAGUUGCAAUGAUUUUCUUUUCCUUCAUAUUUUAAUGUGACUCCAAAUCUUGAAAAUGUAUGUAAAGAAAGGGAAGAAAGAUUAGCUUUGUUUGCACGCGACAAGUGCGGUUUGAAUAGGGCUAUCCGAGUCGAAUCUAAUUAGGGCUUUUGAAACCCUAAAAAAGAGAGCUCGACCUCGGUAGUUUUUCCUUUUCCAUCGUCGAAGAGCAAUGGUGUUCUACUUCAAGGCUCGGCCAGAAGCGGGUGACUACACCAUAUUUAUGGGUCUUGAUAAGUAUGAGAACGAAGAACUCAUCAAAUAUGGCUUCCCUGAAGACAUCUGGUUCCAUGUGGAUAAAAUGUCAUCAGCCCAUGUUUAUUUGAGAUUGAACAAGGGUCAAACAUUUGAUGAUAUACCUGAAGGUGUAUUGGAAGAUUGUGCUCAACUUGUCAAGGCAAAUUCUAUCCAAGGAAACAAGGUAAACAAUGUCGAUAUUGUUUAUACUCCCUGGCAAAACCUUAAGAAGACUGCUUCAAUGGAUGUUGGGCAAGUUAGUUUCCACAACCCAAAAAUGGUUCGUACUGUGAGGGUUGAGAAGCGAAUAAAUGAGAUAGUCAAUAGAUUAAACCGUACAAAGGUGGAAAGGAAGCCCGACUUAAAAGCUGAGCGGGAGGCCGUCAAUGCAGCUGAAAGGGCAGAAAGGAAGCAGCAGCUUAGAGAAAAAAAACGACGAGAGGAUAUGGAUAGGCUUGAAAAGGAAAGACAGGCCGAAAUGAGGAGCUACAAAAAUUUGAUGGUUGCUGAUAAGAUGACAUCUAACAAAGAUGUUGCAUCAGCUAACAAGUCCCUGCAAGAGCUGGAGGAAGACUUCAUGUGAAUGCAAAAUCAACUGGAUUUAAUUGUUUCAAUUGCUGUCUUGUUUAGAAGAUACUAAAUGAGAAGCUGCUCAAGAACACAGAGAAAAAGGAAGAACGGGGCAGGGGCAUGGGGGUGAGGUGGUCUUUUAUAUUGUGUUUCUUGAAACAGUUAUGGUCCUUGUUAAAACAUGAUCAUAUUGAUCUUUGUAGGCCUGAACCUGUUUGUUAAUAAGCGGUAUAGGAGAAUGUGUUUGAGAUCUGAAGGAGCUUAUUUUGUAAAACCGUGUUAAAUUUAAUGAUGAUAACUUCUUAUGAUUA